AAUUGUAAAACACAAACAUUGAAAGUAUACUGCGCUUGUGCAUUGUUAUUUCAAAAGAAAAACGUAAAAAUCUCUUUAAAUUUUUCGUUUGAAAAUUUAACCGAUUCGAUAAAUAUGAACAGAAAGAUAAGAACAACACGUAGAAGAGUUUCAUCCGGUUCAUCAGCUCAAUCGACCUCAAUUCGCUUGACAUCUUCACCGACCAAAAAAGAAAACGGCGAGUCUUCACCAAAACAAUUAACAAAAAUGUGUAAAAAUCCACUUGUCAGCGAAGUAUGCACUCGGAUGUAUGAAAACAAGGGGAAAACCGGUGACGUAAAAUUCAAAAUUGGCACCGAUGAAAUUUCGGCACAUAAAUGUGUGCUGGCUUCUCUUAGCCCAAAAUAUGAAGCACAAUUCUAUGGUGAAUUUGAUGACACAAAGAGCGAUGUGAUCGAAGUGAAGGAUGUAACAGCGGAUGCUUUUAAGGAAUAUUUACAAUUCUUCUACUUGAAUGAAUUCCCUUUGACGCAUGCAAACAUUGAGCAUGUUUUGUCAUUGGCCGAAUUGUCAUUGGUCGAAGAAUUUGUUGAUGAAUGUAUCAAUUUUCUGAUCGAAACACUGUCAGUCGAAACUGUGUGUCUCACCUACUGCGUGGCCAUAAAACAUGGAUGCGAAGAUGUGAUCGAGUUAUGUGAACGCAAAAUAAGUUUGCAUUCGGACGAGGUAUUUGCAUCAAAAGACUUUGUCUCGAGCAGCCGUGAGGUGAUUUUCAACAUUCUUCAGCUCGACUCUUUGAAUUGCAAAGAAACUGAUGUAUUCAACGCUUGUAUCAAAUGGGCCAAACACGUUUGCACUGAAAAAGAGUCCGAUCCAGAUGUCAAAAUGAAUUUACGUGCCGCGCUUGUACCUGAGACACCGACACAAGCAACGAAUUUAUUGCAUCAAAUUUUCGAUUCGGUGCUAUGUCAAUCGAGGAGUUCAUGGAAUGCUACAAAUCGUAUAAGGAUAUUUUCACCGAAGCUGAACGUGAGGAAAUAUUUUAUAUAAUUGGCAAAGUACAUGCCGUACCACCAAAAUGGUUUAGCGAUGAGUUACGUGGCAUUCCGUACAAGAAAUGGGACGAAGACAAUAAAAUCGAAUGCAAUCGAAUUUUUUCCGAGACAUCAUUGGCCAGCUUUCAUUUUGGCAUUGAUCGUGUAGCAUUCUCAUGCAAUAAACCGAUGUUACUUGGUGGUUUUUAUUGUGGCAGUUUAUUCGAAGAUACCAAUGUAAAACACGUUUCGGCUCCUAAUGUAAAACAUGUACCGGCUAAUGUGGUCAUCGUUCGCAAACAUAUGACAAAGGAUGUUGAUGGUAAAAUUGUGUUCAACAGCGAUGAAGAACUUAUUUUCAAAACGAAAGAAGAAGCAUCAGUUAAACUACAACGUCCCAUUUUCAUAAAGCCACAUUUGAUUUACGAAAUUCAAAUCGCUCUGAAGGAAGGAAUCAGCUUGAAGAAAUACGAAUUUAAAAAAGAAAACACACUGAAUGGAGGCAUACUAGUCGAAUACCACAAUGAAGGCCAAAAAUCACUCGUCACUUGUCUCAUUUUAAAUUGUUGUAAUGAAGGUGACAAAACCAUGAAUUCAACUCUAGAUUUUAAGGCUCACUUCCUAACUAAGUUUGCAUAAAUUUUGGGGAAAUCUUGGAAAAUUUUGCUCUGGAUAUCAAUUCCGUUUGAUUGUUCGGUGAAAUCUCCAACAACUAAGCUGCAUUUUCACAAUUUAAGUUUCAUUUCAAUAUUAAUUAUAAGUUUUUUAAUUUUCUAAUUCAAUUUUAGCACAAUUUUCUUAAUUUAAAGCUAUUUU